UCCAGUGUGCAAAUGAUAUGUCGCUGUGUCGAAAAUGGCUGCUAAUGUGCCGGAUUCUGGCAAUGUGCUACUUGAUGCUCAGCGCUAAAGCAAAGGACACCUCCAGCGAUAUGCACAACCGAACCCGAAUAUUCCAGGUGCAAAUUAAACGAUUCGUGUGUGUUGAAACGCCCUACCAACAGACGGAACUGCUGGAAUGUCGCACUGUGCUGAGGCGUAACAGGCUGCCCCUGUUUCUGGUAUCGUUGCGUGCGCCGCAAACGAUCGAUUACGCGAUGAUACACCUGAAGUUGAACUACAAGUUCAAUACGUAUCAACCGUUCCUGAUCAACGAUCAGGUGGAAGGGUGCGAAUAUCUGCGCACGCUCAAAAACGAUCCAUUCUCUAUCUACGUGUACGACGUGGUGAGGCAAAUUCUUCCGGCAUUGGUGCGGCCUUGUCCACAGGGGAAACAAACCUAUAAUCAAACGAUCGAGUUUAAGGAAAGCUAUGCGCCGAAAUCGGUCCCAGCAGGAGACUACAGGUUCGAUGUUAGAAUUUCUAACCGUGAAAACGUAACGCUGAUUGCCGUGGAGGUGUUCGGUACUGCCCGAAAGCAGGGAAUAUUGGGCUCAAUGUUGGAGUGGUGAAGGGUGUAUCAGUAGGGGAUUAAGUAUCUUGGAGGCCCUAAGCGCAAUGCAAGUUGGGAGCCUAUGAGGGAUAUCAAAUCCAAUGUGGCCUGGGGUGAAAGGUUUUUUUUUUUAUAAAUUUAUUACAAGCUUUUGGAAGAGGGAUCACUUAGUUAGUUUCACAAAUAAAAGUGUAUGAGCAAUAUGACGUAAAGGUUUUUUUAAAGGAAAUAAGACAAUUGUCGACGGUGUCAAUUUCUAUCUCGAAGGACCAGAUACUUAAUCACAUCCAUGCAGCUCCUCGUUUGCAGAUCUGAAAUUCCAGCUACAGUAAUAAUCAAGUCAAAAAAGACAGGCCUUGACCUCUUAAGGUUUUUUUUUGUCUGUAGAAGUUGUACAAUACAGAGUUGGAUCCUUAUCGAUAUUCAUUAAGAGCGAUAUUGUAUUUUGCAAUCAUAUAAGGGAAUCUUGCGUUUAGUGAAAUGAGAAUUGCAACACGAUUUAUCUGGGAAAUUUAGAAAAAAAAA